AUGAGCAGUUCCGAGGAGUGCUCUCGGGAGAACUGGGUUCAUCACAAAGUACCACGAGCCCUACCGGUAGGGCAGGGCCAUAUACAGCCCCCAACAACGCCUCAUGCCAUAAGCUCCUCGCUGCCAACAUGGGACUCCGUCAUUGCAUGGGCCCGCAGAGAAAAGGGGGUCAGGGACAAGGCCGAGUACAGUUAUCCUAGAUUCUUCAUUGGCAAGCCGAUUCAGAAUCUCAUCCACCGAGUGCGCGAACGGCUGCAUAUCCGUGGCGAUACAAUUUCCAGCAUGGUCUUUCCCUCGAUCCGAAUCGCAAAUUACUGUGCUGGCGCACUGAAAGCUGCCCUCAAGACGUCGUGCCCAGACGCCAUUCCUGACAUUUACACCAUUCGGUUCUUCUUGCCUUUUGAAGCACGUGUCCAUGAGGAAGAGAAUACAUGGACUGAUUUCUCCGUGGUAGUGUUCCCAACUGACCUGGCUAAAGAGUCGAUGCUGGCUUGGAUGGACACGGGCGCGGGAAUCACAACCCGCCACGCCCAAUUUUGCUUGGAGAGUCUGGAUUUUCUCGCUUCUGAUUCCACAUGCCCGUCGUUUCAAACACUCGCGCCCCUCCAGAGACAUCGCGAAAGCCCAACGUUGAAUCCGUGGCGUCUAUCUGCGCCGGACGACCUGUUACAGGUACGAGCUUAUAUUGCGCAUCUUAUUACUUCGGAGCGCCCCGAGCUCAAGAGGGUGAGCGCAGAAGAUGUGCUGCUUUUCCCGACGGGCAUCCAUGCCAUCUUCUCGGCGUCUGAAGCACUGGCGGCUCUUGCUCCCAACUCGGACGUCGUUGCCUACGGUUGGCUCUAUCCCGAGACGGUACAUGUGCUGCGGAGGUCUCCUUGGAACAGAGCCAUCUCCUUCAAAUGGGGCACUGACAAGGAGUUGGAUGAGCUUGAGAAUAUGCUCAAGAAUCCCGGCCACCAUGUCACCGCGCUCUUCUGCGAGAUUCCAAGCAACAUCAAGUUCAUCUCGCCGAAUCUCGAGCGGAUCCGGCACCUGGCCGACGAGUACAACUUCAUCGUUGCAUGCGACGAGACCGCGGGCAACUUUGUCAACCUCGACAUUCUGCCAUUUGUGGACGUAGUCUUGAGCAGCCUGACCAAGAUGUUUAGCGGGGCUUCAGAUUCUACACCGUCCAGCGUCGUGGUGAACCCCAACUCGCGGCAUUACACGAGGAUCCAAAGCCAGCUGGCCAUUCAGCACGAGAGCGUGUAUUGCUUCCCGGGUGAUGUGGCCGCGCUCAAGCGGAAUUCCGCCAACAUGGCCGCCCGGGUACGGAGGAGCAACGCCAACGCCGUCCCCGUGGUCGAGUUCCUGCAGCAGCAUCCCUCUGUGAAGCAGGUCAGCCAUCCGUCUCUCGGGCCAACGUCCCGGUGGUAUACGAAACACAUGCGCCGAGAGGGUGGCUACGGAAACGUCCUUGGUGUCGUGAUGCGUGACCCCAAGACGGCGCGGGGCUUCUAUGACAACUUGGACGUCUGCAAGGGGUCCAGCUUUGGCACCAAUUUCACCCUUGCCGUUCCCUAUGUCCAGCUGGCGUGCUACUGGGACCAGGACAAGUGCGAGGAGUACGGCCUGCCGCGGCAUGUCAUCCGGAUCAGCGUGGGCCUCGAGGAUGCUGGUGAGAUUGUCGGCAAGAUCAGAUCGGCGCUCGAGGAAGCUGAAAAGGGGGAAAGGGGAAACUUAGUAUGA